AUGGAUCCUGAGCAAAGUGUCAAGAGUGCACAGACAUCGGAGGGCAGUCCCAGAAAGCGGCUUCCCAAAGGAGAAGCCAUUCAAGUCAGUGGCCCCUCCACAGCUCCAGCCCCGGGCAGCUCUACUUCCUCCUCAGCCACCCCCCUCCAUGAGCUCCUGUCCCAGCCACAGCAUUUUACAGGGCCUCCGCUAGUUCUGAGAGAGGGGACUCAGGAGAAAACUGGACACCAGAAGCCCCCGAAGAGAUCUACUGUUGAAGGCCCACCCCACCUCCCCCAGCUCCCUCAACACCCUCUGUCACCAGCAUUUAUGUCGCCCGGCAAGCCCGAGCACCUCCUGGAGGGGCCCACAUGGCAGCUAGUGGAGCCGAUAAGGCCAGGCCCCUCUGGGUCUUUUGUGUCUCCGGGGCUCCAUUCUCAGAGCCAGCUCCUCCCUGCCCACCCGACCAUCAUCCCUCCCGAGGAACUGCAGUCCAUCCCCAAAGUCUACAUCCCACGUGCCUCCCACAUCUCUAUGAAGCAGGCUGAGGAACCACCGAAGAAGGAGAAGAAGCCCCAGAAGCCCGGCAAGUACAUCUGUCAGUAUUGCAGUCGUCCCUGUGCCAAGCCCAGCGUGCUCCAGAAGCACAUUCGCUCUCACACGGGCGAGCGGCCCUACCCCUGUAUCCCUUGUGGCUUCUCCUUUAAAACCAAAAGCAAUCUGUACAAACACAGGAAGUCCCACGCACACCGGAUCAAGGCAGGGCUGGCUUCGGGAAUCGGCGCCGAGAUGUACCCCCCCGGGCUGGAGAUGGAAAGGAUCGGUGGCGAGGACUUUGAGGAGCCCACGGAAGGAGAAAGCACCGACUCAGAGGAGGAGACGGGGGCUGCGUCCAGCCACCCAGGCGACCUGUCCCCUAGACAAAAGCACACCCUCCUGGGCAGCAGCCUCUACGGCGCAGGCAGCCACGGUCCUGGCCACGACCGCUGUUCCUCGUCUCAUUCGGGCACAUCCCAGUCGCUGGAGGAGAGCUCCCAGUUUGCGGAGCCUUUGUCAUCGUCGUCGGAGCAUUCUAUGAGCCAUAAAGCAGAGGACACCCAUACCAUCAAGCAGAAACUCGCCCUGAGGCUCAGCGAGAGGAAGAAGGUGAUGGACGAACAGGCCUUCUUGAGCCCCGGGAGCAAAGGGAGCACUGAGUCUGGCUACUUCUCUCGCUCAGAGAGUGCCGAGCAGCAGAUCAGCCCACCCAAUACCAAUGCCAAGUCCUAUGCUGAGAUCAUCUUUGGCAAGUGUGGACGAAUCGGACAGCGGACGGCGAUGCUGACGGCCGCCGCCACCCAGCCGCUCCUGCCCCUGUCUGCUGAGGACAAACCCAGCCUGGGCCCGAUUUCCGUGCCUCGAACACAGGUCAUCGAACACAUCACGAAGCUGAUCACGAUUAACGAAGCAGUUGUGGACACGAGCGAAAUAGAUAGUGUCAAGCCCAGGAGGAGCUCUCUGUCCCGGCGGAGCAGCAUCGAGUCCCCCAAGUCUGGGAUCUUCCGAGACCCGUUUCAACUGGACCCAUCCAAAACUCUGCUCUCCCAUGGUGAGAAAGGCAAGCCGGAACAAUCACUACUCUCCCUCCAGCAGCUGCCCCCCAGCUCCACUGAGCCUGCGCCCCUCCUGAGGAGCCACUCCAUGCCUUCUGCCACCUGCACCAUCAGCUCUCCGCACACCUUCCGAGGGAGCUACUCCUUCGAUGACCACAUCAGUGAGUCGGACACCCUGAGCCGCAGCCAAGUCUUUACGUCCCACCCCCGCACGUUGAAACGCCAGCCAGCCUUCGAGCUCCCUUUGGGAGGGGAAUAUAGCUCAGAGGACAUCGGGCUAGGCCCUAAGGACACGGCCUCCAAACCCGCGGAAGAAAAAGAAGCCAAGGAAAGCGAACUCACCAAAAAGUCCCGGAAAGGCUCCAAAGCAAAAGGGAUCACCUUUGAGUGUAACAUAUGUGGGGCUCGGUACAAAAAACGGGAUAAUUACGAGGCCCAUAAAAAGUACUAUUGCUCAGAACUUCAGCUCACCAAGCCUGCUUCCACGGGUCCCCAUCCGUCCUCAGAAGUUGACAAGAACCAAGGGGAGUCCGAGCCGUGGUCUCAGAUGAUGCACUAUAAAUUGGGGACCAGUUUAGAAUUGACACCACUGAGAAAAAGACGGAAAGAAAAGAGCCUCGGGGAUGACGAAGACACCCCCUCCUUUGAGUCGACCAAAAGUCACUCCUCUGUGGGGCCUGGGAGCCAGUUCACCAACCCGGCACCCUCAGAAGCUUCUUUGAACCUCCCCCAGGAGCCCAUCAAGCCACCAGCAGAGCCAGCUCCAUCGGUGCCACCCUUGGAGGGGACCAUGGCCUUCCACCCAAGGACUCCCAAACCAGCUGCAGGUUCUGAGUCUGGGAAGGAGAGAAGAAAAAUCUCCACAGAAAUUUCCGUCAUCCAGCACACCAGCUCCUUUGAAAAACCUGACCCUCCCGAGCAGCUGAGCCACCAGGAAGGAGAGGACAAGGCUUUGUCCCAAUUCCCAUCACAGCCAGCAGUCACUCCGCACGGCCGCUAUCCCCACUCCCUGCAGCCAAGAUUGGUCCGCCAGCCCAACAUCCAGGUUCCUGAGAUCCUGGUGACCGAGGAGCCCGAUCGGCCAGACACUGAACCUGAGCCCCCACCGAAAGAACCUGAAAAGACUGAGGAAUUUCAGUGGCCUCAGCGGAGCCAAACACUUGCCCAGCUUCCCGCGGAGAAGCUGCCCCCCAAGAAGAAGAGACUGCGGCUGGCAGAGAUGGCCCAGUCCUCAGGGGAAUCCAGUUUUGAGUCAGUCUCCCUGACCCGAAGCCCUAGUCUGGAAAGCAGCAUAUCCCACGCUUCAAGCCACUCGGCCUCCUUCGAAAGGGAAGACCACGGGAAGACAGAGGCUCCCGGUCCCUCCUCUGAAACCCAUUCCAAGUCUUUUGGCAGCCACAUGUUGACUGUGCCGAGCUACCCUCACCACUCCAGAGAAAUGCGGAGGUCAGCCUCUGAGCAGUCGCCCAACAUAUCGCAUCCUUCUCAAAUAUCUGAGACUCGCAGCAAGUCUUUCGACUAUGGGAGUUUGUCUUUGGCUCCACCUCCCACGCCGGGCAUCCCCACCUCAUCGGCCCCACCAGAAAGAAGAAAAUGCUUCUUGGUGAGACAGGCUUCCCUGAGUCGGCAUCCAGAACACGAACUGGCGGAAACGGAGGAGCCGCUACCUUCCUCCAGCAAAUCUUGCCCCAAAAGUUUGCUUCAUCAGCCUUCUUCUUCCUCCAUCUCCUCAGCCUCUACCACGUCCUCUGCCUCCUCCACGUCCUCCUCCUCUUCCCAUGGUGGGUACCUCAGUGGUAAGAGCCAGCAGAAGGACAGUCCCCAGCUGGUGUCCAGCCCGCCUUACACGGAAGCCCUCCAAGUGUUCCACCCACCCAUUCCCCAGCUCUCCCUGCAUGAAAAACCAUACCUGCCCCCUCCGGUCUCUCUUUUCUCUUUUCAGCACUUCCUCCAGCAGCCAGGACAGUCCUCAGAGUUGUUCUCCACUCCGGCUAUGCCAGAGAUUUUCUCUGCCCCAUACUCCAUGCCCCCACUUCCCCCCUCCUUAUUUCAGACUCCACCAAUUCCGCUCCAGCAAGCUGUCCUUCAUCCAGGCCAGCUUCACAUGCCCCACCAGCUCAUACCUCAUCCGGCUGACCUUCCCUUUCGUCAGCAUCCUUCAUUUCUCCCCAUGCCCUAUCCCAACUCCUCCUCGCUCUCUUCAGGCUUCUUCCUGCCCCUGCAGUCUCAAUUUGCCCUUCAUCUACCUGGGGAGACCGGCACCCAUCUGCCCCCGGUGAAAUCCAGCCUGUCACCUCUCACGGGGCCCUCUGGCCUCUCCCCUAGCACAGAAUAUGGCACCGAUGUCCGGUUGCAUCCAGUGACCCGUGCCGCCAGCCCUCCAGUAUCGACAUCAGCCCCACAGCUGGCCAUUCCUUCCUGCCCAGAUCCCGCGGUGUCUCUGGUUGUUCCCGUCCGAAUCCAGACCCACAUGCCUUCCUAUGGCAGCGUGAUGUAUACGACCCUUUCUCAGAUCUUAGUGACUCAGUCCCAGUGCAGCCCAUCCUCCCUCGUGCUCCCCAAGUUUGAUGACUAUCAGGCCAAAGGGACUUCGGUCUGUGGAGUGGAAGCACCUGGGGUGGGUCUCGAGCUGGCCCAGAUCAGCGAGGAACAAAGAAGGGGGUUCCCGACACCAUACCUGAGGGUACCUCUGCCAUUAGCAGAGAGGAAGGGUUCUUCUCUGACCUCAGAAAGCAUCUUGGGCUUGGAAGGAAGCCCAUCCACUGUGGGAGGCAGCAAACGUGUGCUCUCACCUGCCGGCAGCCUAGAACUCACCAUGGAGACCCAGCAGCAGAAAAGAGUAAAGGAAGAGGAAGGCUCCAAGGCCGAUGAGAAGCUAGAACUGCUCAGGCCAGCCGGUACUAUCCUUGCUGGUGCUGAAGGCGGGAAGAGGCAAGAGAGAGCCCAGUUCGGGGGCCCCAGCCAUGGCCGAGGGGAGGAAGAGACGCUCCCUAGCUCAUCCUUGACUCAGCCCCAUCCCAAGGACAGCCCUCCCUCUCAGUACUCGGGGCUGCCUCAUUCGGGAGCCCCAGGCCUGGAAGCAUCAAAACAACCUCCUGGAAAGCCACCCCGAAGGCAGUCACCACUGCAGGCAGUGAAGAAAGAAGACUCCAAGGACCUGUCCGACCAUCCACCGAAGACUCCUCCCACCUCCUCCUCCACUUCUCCCAGGACAGCAAAAUCCCGGGAAGGUACAGACACCAAGAAGGUACUACAGUUCCCCAGCCUCCAUACGACCACUAAUGUCAGUUGGUGCUAUUUAAACUACAUUAAGCCAAAUCCCGUCCAGCAGGCAGACAGGAGGUCCUCUGUUUAUGCUGGUUGGUGUAUAAGUCUAUACAACCCCAACCUGCCUGGGGUGUCCACUAAAGCAGCUCUGUCCCUCCUGAGGUCCAAGCAGAAGGUCAGCAAGGAGAUCUACACCAUGGCCAUGGCUCCACAUCCCGAGACAGGAAGGCUUGUCCCGUCCAGCUCCCGAAAGCCCCGAAUGACAGAGGUAAGAACCGCCAUGAUCAUUUCUAUCAUCUCUAAGCAGCCUAGGGCCAGGAUAGAGAAAGAAAGAGAGAAAGGGGAGAAAGAGAAGGGGAGAGAAAGAGAGAGAAAGGGAGAGGGAGAGAGGAAAAGAGAGGGGGGGGUCUGGUACAAAUCAAAUGAAGAAUAUGUGUAUGUGAGAGGCCGCGGACGAGGGAAAUAUGUUUGUGAGGAAUGUGGAAUUCGCUGCAGGAAACCAAGCAUGCUGAAGAAACACAUUCGCACGCACACUGACGUCAGGCCCUAUGUCUGCAAGCACUGUCACUUUGCUUUUAAAACCAAAGGGAAUCUGACUAAGCACAUGAAGUCCAAGGCUCACAGCAAAAAGUGCCAGGAGAUGGGGCUGCUGGUGGAGCUGGAAACCGAGGAAGGAGCCAGUGACGACCCCUUCCAGGAUUCCGAGGGGCGGGAGGGCUCUGAGGCAGUGGAAGAACACCAGUUUUCUGAUUUGGAGGAAUCCGACGAGGAUGAGGACAAUGAAGAUGACGAAGAGGAGGAGGAGGAAGAGGAGAGUCAGGAUGAGCCCACUCUGAAGCCCUCAGAAGGGCCACUGUCUGCUGGACAUUCAAAGGUUAGCUCUCCACCAGCUCAGGAUAGAAGCCCCCGAGCAACCCCAUCUUUGCCCCAAGACGUUACCUCGCAUGACCAGCCCACAGCAAGCUUAAGAUUGGAGGCGAGAUGGCCAGCAGACUGGAGCGACGCUACCACCUGCCAGAGCCACUUGUGUCUCCACCAGCCAGUUCUGAUGUCCCAGGAGCCUUUAGCUCCCACUGAACGAGUGCUGGCCCCAAACCAGCAGGGGGGGAUUUUAGCCAUGGGUCCAUUAUUGAGCUCCCAGGCCACAUCCCCCAGAAGGCCAUGGUCCCCUGGCAAGGAGCCCUGCAGCAGCAGACCCAUGGUCCCCCGAAAACACUCACUAACCAAAAAUGAAAGUCCUCCCCAGCGCUUUGCACCCACUGGAGAUUUACCGUCCUUCCAAUGUGGCUCUCCCGGGAGAGGGAUUUCCCCUAGUCCAUGGAUGGUGUCUCCUCUCAGGUGCAUGUCACCUUCAACUCACUUGUCCCCAAGAAGAGAACUAUCCCCACGAGCCUAUCUCCCGCCAGAAGGCAGGGUCUCUCCAGAGAGGAACUUGUCUCCUAGUCAGGAGAUGAUACCCAUAAGACAUUCAUCCCCUAAGAAAAUGUCUCCAGGACUUUCUGAGUCCCCCCCACGGUACCCACUGCCAGGGAAAGAUGACUUAGCAUUCAUAAGUGGCACAGCAGCGGAUGAGCAAACCCUGGGCAGCAUUCCAGUCGCUCAGCGUGGUCUCUUCUCUCAAAAGCCUCUACCUCACAAGCUCCUUGGCAAAAACGUGGAGACCUCUGAAUCGAAGACGAAGUUGGAGCCCAGAAGCCCAGCCUGCUCACCAGGUCCUGCUCACCCGUUUCCCUUCAGACCCUUCUCUUCACUUCAUGAAUUCCACGGCCACCCCCCAGGCCGGACAGGAGAGAACCUCUUUAGCCAUCUCCCUCUGCAUUCCCAGCGCUUAGCCAGGACCCCCUGCCCCAUGAUCCCCAUCGGGGGGAUCCAGAUGGUCCAGGCCAGGCCCAGCACCCAUCCCACGCUGAUGCCCGGGGCCGGGGUGCCGUGGUCCACCUGCUUCUUUGGCGGGGGCAGCGACCUGACCAACUCGCGGCAGGCUCAGGAGAGAAGUCGAGAAGGCCCACCAGAGACGUCCUCGGCGUCUGUGUCUCCAGUGGCCAAGGUCUCCAAAUUCACUCUAUCCUCAGAGCUGGAGAGUAGCAGCUAUUCCCUAGAGAGAAUGAGGACUAGCGAGGGUCAGGUCGUGCCCCCCUGGGAGGAACCCAGGAUCGGAGGAGCGUCCUCGGAGACCCAGGCUCCGGCCCUCACGGACAGCCCCGGCUCUGAGCCGUCUCCCAGGCCGGCCAAGAGGCCCAGCCCCAAGGCCGCCCGCGGCAGCCCCUGCACUGACUCUGAGACACCGCGCACUUUCCCCUCGGCGAUCCCUUGCCAGACGUUGGACCGGAGCAGCUCCACGGGCUGCCUCAUGGAGCCGGCCCGGUGCCCCGUCCCCCGCAGGAGGAACCUGUCCGGGGAGCUCCGGCCGUCGGCCGGCCUUCGUCCCCGGCUGGGCUCCCCGCCCUUGGAGAGCGAGGGUCCCGGACCAACCCCGCGGAGGCCGGAGGACGAGGCCGGAGGAAGUCCCUAG